AUGCCUGCUCCCUUGAGAUUGACAAGCGGGCUCCUCACCCGAGCCACUCGCAAUCUUGUUCUCGAAUCUACCCACACACAGCGCAUCCUCCCUCUUCUCCGAAACAACACUGCGUCACAAUGCCGAGCCUACACCCAAGCACAGCGCCCGCGAUGCGAACAAAGCAUGCGCAGCAUGCUCGCUGCCCAGAACAACUUCUCCACCUCUGCCUCCCGAGCAGGCCCCAAGACAAUGGGUCAGAUGCGCCAGCGUAACUCCACCGGCCCAUUCUCAUGGAAGGCCGCGUUGCUCUUCGUGCUGACCGGCGCCGGUAUGAUGCUCUACUUCCGGGUUGAGAAGGCUCGUCUGGAGCGCAAGCGUAUGACGGAGAUGAGCAAGGGUGUUGGCAAGCCGAAGGUUGGCGGUCCGUUUGUGUUGACGGAUCUUGAUGGCAAGGAGUUCACAGCGGAGGACUUGAAGGGCAAAUACAGUUUCGUCUACUUCGGCUUCACUCACUGCCCCGAUAUCUGCCCCGAUGAGCUGGACAAGAUGGCCGAGAUCAUCGAGAAGGUCAAGGCCGCUACCAAAGACGAGAAGCUCUUCAUGCCCGUUUUCAUUACUUGCGAUCCCGUCCGCGAUACCCCCGAGGUCCUGCGCGAGUAUCUGAAGGAGUUCCACACCGGCAUCGUCGGCCUGACUGGCACGUACGAACAGGUCAAGCACGUUUGCAAGCAGUACCGCGUGUACUUCAGUACUCCCAAGGAUGUGAAGCCCGGCGAGGACUACCUCGUGGAUCACAGUAUCUACUUCUACCUGAUGGAUCCCGACAAUGAUUUCGUCGAAUGUAUCGGCCGCCAGGAUACUCCCGAGUCUGCCUCCAAGGUGAUCUUGGAGCACAUCAACGACUGGAAGCGGGAGGGAAAGCCCCUCAAGACGGAGUAA